ACAACUCCGGAACAAAAACUACAGAUAGUGGAGGAAUGUAAACGACGCGGUGAAACAGUGGCGGUGACUGGAGGUGGUGUCAACGAUGCUCCAGCACUAGCGAAUGCUAAUGUUGGCAUUGCGAUGGGCGUAAACGGCAGCGAUAUAGCAAAACAAGCCGCCGAUAUAAUUCUGACAGAUGAUAAUUUCGCGUCCAUUGUGAAAGGUAUUGAAGAGGGUCGACUGCUUUUCGAUAAUCUUCGUCUCUCAAUCGCUUAUACGUUAGCGCAUCUUUGGCCUGAAAUAUUCCCUGUGGUACUUCAUUUCACGCUGGGCAUGCCACUUGGGCUAUCACCGCUUCAGAUAUUGAGUGUUGAUUUAGCCAGUGAGCUUCCACCAGCUAUUUCGCUAGCAUACGAAACUCCUGAAACGGCAAUUAUGCAUUCUCGUCCUCGACGUCGAGAUGCUAGACUCGUCUCGCGUUCACUAUUGAUUUAUUCGUAUCUGUUUGCCGGUACGAUCAUCACAGCUGGCUGUAUUAUGGCCUAUUUAUCUGUUUAUUGGAGUCAUGGAAUCGCACUCCAAGAUCUACUAUUCACGGCCGAAUAUAAUUGGAAAGUGGGAGCGCAAAAUUUCACAACUUCUGAUGGACUAGUUUUCUCAGAAGAGGAACAGCUGUAUAUAAAAGGACAAGCGGCCGCUGCUUGGCAGAUUACGCUUGUGCUCACUCAGGCAAAGAAUUGUUCGAAUGAUUUGGCGUGA